AGCACUCAGGAGGAGUGUUUGGGAAACCAGCGACACGCCGCUGCUGUUUUCUCCAAUAGAAAAAAAAGAAAAAGUGGACCGAAGUGUCAGGAGCUGCUUUCCCUUUUUAACAGCACUCCUCCUCACUCCCGUUUACUCUUCUCUCUCUCUCUCUCUCUCUCUCUCUCUCUCUCUCUCUCUCUCUCUAUAUUGCCGUGUCUGGCUGCUGAGUUCUCCCAUUGACUCACUCGUCUCUGCUUCAGCUGGCUGACUGAGUGCGCUGACACUGGGACCACUACCUGCUGCCUGGGGAUUAAGCGCGCUAUGAAUACCCGGAGCCUAAUUUGUUGUUUUGGCUGCCAGUGACUGUCGGAUCCCCACAGAAGACAAGCCGGUGCAUAAAUCCUUGCGGCCAGCGCGCUGGGAGCACCUCUGGACUAAGACAAGCCACGGAGAAAAGAAAGGGACUGGAUGCUUGUGGAAGUGCAUAAAAGAGAGGCGACGAACCGGAGAAUAGAAGGAAAAGGCUGGACAAGUUCUUUCCUGAAAAGGCAGAAAUACAAGAAGCCAAAUCAACCUCGGUCUUGCGAGGAUCGGGGCGCAGUGAGAACCUGUGCCUCUCAUUAUCUGGCUGGGAUUCUCCGUCAUGGUGCUGACACAAGGGAAGAAAGCCCAACAAAUCUCCGCCUCGAGCUCCUCGGCUGAUUUCUGAUCACACACGCGGGUUUUUUUCUUCUCCCCUUUCUUUCCACGAGUUCAUACAUAUAGAGCGUCUCUGUGUUUUGUUGCUCAUCCGUUCGCUGCUUGGGGGCUGGGGGAGAGAGAGAGAGAAGAAGAAGAAGACGGCUCUGCACUGACGGGGAUUGCGAUCCUUCUCCUCUCCCAACUUUUUUUUGUCCCCCAUCUCCGGCACUCCUCUGACCUGCUUUUGGUCCCAGCGCACCAGCGGGGUGGGUGGAGCUGGGGGGUGGGCAGCUGCUUAUCCAUUCCAUGAGACUGGCCCGGAGUAAAGGGUUAUUGAACCGAGGAGUGGCAGUCACGCAGGAGAGAAGGGAAGGGGAAAAAGAAACGGUGAACCCGGGAGCAUGUGGUUUAGCGAUCGGCAGCCAGCUGCUGUCCAGCCGUCCCGCUGAUCACGCCUGUGACGGACGCUCCCGGACCGUAAGCCGAAGGAGCCGGUCUCCAGUGGAUACAAAAGAGCACUCGCUCUGGGCAAACCGCUGCUCGGUUUCGCCUUCGUUGCCCCGACAGCCAACACGGAGGCUGAAGAAGAUGUUCGGCGGUGUCACCUGUUAGGGAAAUACUUGUGGCACGUGUUGUUGGCGAGCGCCAGACCUCGGCUUGGUGUGUAAAGGCUUUUGACAAGGAAAGCAGGACGGGGGAGGUGCUCCAGACCCCCUUUACGUCCAUCUGAUUACCAGUCAGGUUCACGGGGAAGAAAGGAGAGGAUUCCAUUUGUGGAUUUACCGUCGGCCUGCGUGGAAGUUUUUUUUCCGUGUGGAUAUUUGACAGUUCGAAACGCCCACAUCCCAACGCACACAUUUCUCACCACACGUACAUGCUAAAAGCGCACUGACGCACAUUUACAAACACAUUAUCACCACUUAAAUCCACACACGCAUGUUUGCACUGUAAGUAUAACCCGCUUCACAAGACACAGUCACAGAUUGAAAGCCCAUUACUUUGUCUUCCCCCCCCCCAUUGGGAACAGCAGAAUGGAGGUUGUGUGGACAGGUGGGGGGCUGUAGGAGUCCAACAUCCUUGUCCCCUCUGUCUGUCCACUUUCGCCAAAUGGAUGUUAUUAUCUCUAAAAAUGUGUUGCCUGGAAACCGCUGAAAGCUUGCUGCUGCGAUUCUCUGACGGAAACAGUCACCACGUCCUCGCCACGGUGCACGGCUGGAACCGCAGCUGAAACACCGGCCAUUACGCGUCCAUUUUUACUUUUAUUUUAUCUUCACCUUCACCUUCACCCCCGGCCCUCACCCCGCCGCCAUCAUUUUUUCCAACGGGUCUUUGGGCAACCCUCGUCGCCCUCCGCGUCCCGUCCUCUCCUCCACCCUGGAGGGGAGGGGGUCGCUGGAGUGGAGCAUGAGCGGGUGCCACUAUCCCUCGCCGCCGCCGCAGGAGCAGGAGCGCAGGUACCAGCACAAGGUGUCCCUGGUGGUGCGCUACUUCAUGAUCCCCUGCAACAUCUGUCUGAUCCUGCUGGCCACGUCCACACUGGGCUUUGCGGUGCUCCUGUUCCUCAACAACUACAAACCUCAUCACUUCACACCGCCCCCGCCUCCUGAUGGCUGCAGAGGGAUGCUGUGUGGCUUCAGCGCUGUAUGUGAGCGGGACCAGGCCGACCCGGCCAAGGCCGAGUGUGUUUGCAAGAGAGUGGACUGUCCGUCCUUGGUGGCGCCCGUGUGCGGCUCGGAUUCCUCCACCUACUCCAACGAGUGCGAGCUGGAGAAAGCCCAGUGCAACACGCAGAGACGCAUCAAGGUUCUGCGCAAAGGGCCCUGCUCUCUGAAGGACCCCUGCACCGAUGUGGCCUGCAGCUACGGCAGCACCUGCGUCCAGUCGACGGACGGCCUGUCGGCAAAAUGCAUGUGCCCCCUCGGCUGCGAGGGCAAGCGCGAGCAGACGGUGUGCGGCAGCGACGGAGAGGACUACCGCAACGAGUGCGAGCUCCACCAGCACGCCUGCAAGAACGAGAAGAACAUACGGGUGCAGUACCAGGGGCCCUGCGACCCGUGCAAAGACAACGAGAACAGCCUGAACACGAUGUGCCGGGUGGAGGCUCUCACCCGCCAGAUCCAGAUCUAUAACCUGCCGGAGUCGUGCAACCCAGGCAACGAGCCUCUGUGUGCCAGCAACGGCCAGACCUACCCCAGCGAGUGCGCCAUGGCAGCGACAGGCAUGCAGAAAGGCAUCAAGCUCAGGAAGAUCCACGCGGGACGAUGCAGAAGGCCGGAGCACUGUCAGGAGGAGUGUCUCUUCAACGCCGUGUGCGUGGUGGAACUGCAGAGCGCCCGCUGCUCUUGCGAUCCCAUCGAGUGCGACGGCACCUACAAGCCCGUGUGCGGCAAGGACGGCCACACCCACACCAACGACUGCACUCGGCGCAAGGCGGAGUGUCUGAGCAAGGCCCUCAUCGCCGUCAAGCACCUGGGGCCCUGUGAUCUCAGCAUACCGAGCCCCUGCUUGGAGAAGGUGUGCGAUCACGGGGCGGUGUGCGUGGUCAAGAACGACGAGCCGGUGUGCGAGUGCCCCGAGGCCUGCCCGCAGACGUCCGACCCCGUGUGCGGAUCCGACGGCCACAGCUACGGCAGCCCCUGCGGGAUGCGAGCGUUGGGCUGUGCCCUGCAGAAGGCCAUUCACAUCCAACACAAAGGGCAAUGUGAUGAGGCUUGUGCCAACUGCUCUUUCGGGGCGAUCUGCGACGCCCAGAGCGGGCAGUGUGUGUGCGCAUCGGAGUGUGUGGACUCCCACCAGGCCGUGUGCGGCAGCGACGGCGACACCUACAACAGCGAGUGUGAGCUGCACGUGCGGGCCUGCACACAACAGAUGGACCUCCGAGUGGUCAGCCAGGGAGAGUGCAAAACAUGCGGCAACACUGUUUGUGCCUGGGGGGCCCGGUGCGUCCAGAAUACAUGCGAGUGCCCGCCCUGCUCAGGCGAGGCCUUCUCCCCGGUGUGCGGGAGCGAUGGCGCCACCUACAACAACGAGUGUGAACUCCUCACGUCCUCCUGCAAGCAGCAGAGGAGAAUUCAUGUGGUGAAGUCCGGCAGCUGCGAUGAAGACUGUGGCUCAGGAGGGUCAGGCUCAGGUGCAGAGAGCUGUGAGCAGGACCGCUGUCGCAUGUUCGGAGGCUCGUGGGACGAGGACGCAGAGGACGACCGCUGCGUCUGUGACUUCACCUGCCAAAGUGUGCCUCACAACCCGAUUUGUGGCUCAGAUGGAAAAAAUUACAGCAACGAGUGCCAGCUGAAGAAGGCCAGAUGUGAGAAACAAGAGCACUUGUUGAUUCAGAAUCAGGGAGCCUGUGCAGCGAUUUCAGCCACAUCUCUGCCUGAGCUGACGCCCCCCCAGCACUGCAGUCUGUCCAUGUACGGCUGCUGCCAGGACAACAUGACGGCGGCCUUAGGAGUCGGACUGGCUGGAUGUCCCAGUACCUGUCAGUGUAAUGUCUACGGCUCCUACAAGGGGACGUGCGAUCCGGCCACGGGCCAGUGCUCCUGUAAGCCGGGUGUCGGGGGACAGAAGUGCGACCGCUGCGAGCCGGGCUUCUGGAACUUCCGUGGCAUCGUGACAGAGAACAUGAGCGGCUGCACGCCGUGUAACUGCGACGCCACGGGCUCGGUCCGGGACGACUGCGAGCAGAUGUCGGGUCUGUGUUCCUGCAAGACGGGAGUGAAGGGCAUGAAGUGCAACGUGUGUCCAGACGGAAGCAAGAUGGGCAUGAACGGCUGCGACAAAGGUCCCGAGGCCCCGGCUUCAUGCAACGAGUUAGUGUGCCUCUUCGGAGCUACUUGCAUGGAGGAGAACGGCCAAGCCCACUGCGAGUGCCCCCCUCCCGACUGCGAUGAGAAAAACAAAACCAAGGUGUGCGGCUCAGAUGGGGUGACCUAUGCCGACCAGUGCCAGCUGAGGACCAUAGCCUGCAGGCAGGACGAGGACGUCACAGUGCAACACUUUGGACAGUGCACAGAAACCAUCUCUGAGCCGGCAGACCGACCCACCCCCAACCCCUCCGCCACCACCCCCGACUCCACCGCCGCCGCCACCAUCACCACCCCAGCCCCAUUCCACCCAAACAUGGUGUGGGCCAUCCCGCCUCCGAGGACGGAAGCAGCGGAGACCACCGGGCGGCCCCCGGCCACCUCCCACUUUUCCACCCUCAUGCACAACCGAGCAAACCACCGCCACUCCAACCCCAUCCUGCCGCAGUCCGCCGCCACCGCCCACUCCCCUCGCAGCCGCCCCGUUCCCUCCAGCGCCGCCGCCAGCUCCUUCGAGGACUCGGGCAGUGGGGAGCCAAGCGGGGACGACCAGACCGAAGAAGAGGAGGAGCAGGAGGAGGAGCAGGAGGAGGAAGCAGGUAGCGGCAUCCCAACGGAGGACCGUCGGGCAGAGGAGCCUGUUGAUCCCACGCUGGCAUCCACCACUGUACCCACGGCCGAGGACAGGUCGUCCUGUGACAACACGGAGUUUGGCUGCUGCCCCAAUGGCAAGACACCGUCCAGCACUCCAGAGGGCGCCAACUGCCCCUCCACCAUGAAGUUCAGCGGUUUCCUGCACUUGGACCAAGUGGAGGGCCAGGAGAUUUUCUACACCCGCGAGAUGGAGGACCCCAAGUCUGAGCUGUUCGGAGAGACGGCCCGCAGCAUAGAGAGUGCUCUCAAUGAGUUGUUCAGGAAGUCGGAGGCGCACAAAGACUUUAUGAGCGUCCGUGUCCGGAACCUGGCUCCCAGCAACUCCAUCCUGGCCUUUGUGGAGGCCCACUUCAAACCAGAUACGAGAUACACGGUGGAGGACAUCGAAGGAGCCCUGCUGAAACAGCUGAAGGCCUCUAAAGAGACAAGCAUCGCCGUGAAGAAGCCGGAGGACGAGAAUAUUCGCUUCACCAAUUAUGGCCUCGCCUCCAUCCCCUUCUUCACCACCACCACUACGGCGUCAUUCACCACAGCGGCUCCCACCACCACGUCCAGCACCACCACCACGACUACCAGGCCUCCGCCGACCUCCCUGUACAUCACCCGACGCCCGCCAGGCACUACCCGCAGGCCUUACAAUGGCAGGCGUACCACCACCACCUCCGCGCCGGUCACCACGCCACUGCCAACCACCACCACCACGGCGGCGGCCAUCACCACGACCGCGCCGCAUCCGGCAACCACCGCGGCUCAUGUCAGGGGCAGGCUUCACCACAAGCCGCAGAAGCCCUGCAGCUCCCACCCGUGCCUCCACGGGGGCACCUGUGAGGACGACGGCAACGACUUCAGCUGCAAGUGCCCCGCCGGCCGAGGAGGCUCCGUGUGUGAGAAGGUGAUCAGAUACUUCAUCCCGUCAUUUGGGGGCCAGUCGUACUUGGCUUUCCCGACCAUGAGUGCCUAUCACACGGUCCGCAUCGCCAUGGAGUUCAGAGCAUCCGAGAUGACCGGCCUCCUGCUCUACAACGGCCAGACGGGCAAGAAGGACUUCAUCUCCCUGGCUCUGGUCAACGGCAAGGUGGAGCUCAGGUUCAACACGGGUUCGGGCACAGGCACAGUGGUCAGCAAAGUACAAAUCAAUCAGGGCCGCUGGCAUCAGCUGGUGGUGACUCGCAACCGGCGCAACGCCAUGCUGAGCGUGGACAACGAGCCGCACAACGAGGGCGAGAGCCCACGAGGCACGGACGGCCUCAACCUCGACACCGACCUGUUCAUUGGCGGGGUGACCGAGGACAUAAAGCAGGAUGUGAGGGAAAGGACAGCGGUGGCCACGGGUCUAGUGGGCUGCAUCCGCCUGCUGGAUGUCAACAACCGGAUGCUCAACCUGCAGGAGAGCGGGGGCGACAGCAUGUACGGCAGCGGCGUUGGCGAAUGCGGCAACGACCCCUGUCAGCCAAAUCCCUGCAAGAACGGCGCCGCGUGCCAGGUCAAGGAGGCGGAGAUGUUCCACUGCAAGUGCAGCAAAGGAUUCUGGGGUCCAACUUGUGCUGACGUCCAUGACCCAUGCGAGCCCGACAGGUGCCAUCCAUCCUCCCAGUGCCAGGCGCUGCCCGAGGGAGGCUACAAAUGCGAGUGUCCCAUGGGGCGUGAAGGGAAGCACUGCGAGAAAGUGGCUGAGAGGAGCGGGGCUUACAUGCCACUAUUCAACGGAGACUCUUACCUGGAGCUGAAGGGGCUCCAUCUCUACGGGCAAGAUCUGCGUCAAAAGGUCAGCAUGACGGUGAUUCUCAUGGCCAAUGACUCCAACGGUUUGAUCUUCUACAACGGCCAAAAAUCAGACGGGAAAGGAGACUUCAUCUCUCUGUCCCUCAACGAUGGCAUCCUGGAGUUCCGCUACGACCUGGGGAAGGGACCCGCUACCAUCAGGAGUAAGGAAGUGAUCCAGCUGAACGUGUGGAACACUAUCAACCUGGAGCGCUCCAACCGCAAAGGAGAGAUCAUGGUGAACAAGAAGGACGCUGUCCGAGGGGAGGCGCCGAAAUCACGCAAGAACCUGCACGUAGAUCUUAACCUGAAAGAGUCUCUUUUUGUUGGCGGAGCUCCCGAUUACAGCCGACUAGCACGAGUGGCUGCACUCACGGAUGGCUUCAAGGGAACAAUCCAAGAGAUCAUUCUGAUGGGUACCCCCAUCCUCAGAGAGGAGCACGCCCUGCGCUCCAGCAACAUAGCCAUGUUCCAGGACCACCCGUGUUCCCAGGAGCCCUGCCACAACGGAGGCCUCUGCAAACCCAUGCUGGACACCUACGAGUGCCUUUGCCUCAAUGGUUUCAGAGGGGAGCGCUGUCAGAACACCGUCUACGAGAAGGCCGCCGGAGAGACCGAGGCCAUUGCCUUUGACGGGCGGACGUUCAUCGAGUACCACAACGCUGUUACGAAGAGCCAACUGACCAAUGAGAUCCCAGAUCCCGAGUCUCUGGAGAACCCAUCUGACCAGAGUGAGAAGGCUCUGCUGGUGAACAAGUUUGAGCUGAGCAUCCGGACGGAGGCGACCCAGGGCCUGGUGCUGUGGAGCGGGAAGGGCGUGGAGCGCUCCGACUACAUUGCCCUGGCCAUCGUGGACGGACACGUCCAGAUGACAUACGACCUGGGCUCCAAGCCCGUGGUGCUGCGCUCCUCAGUGCGCAUCGACACUAACCGCUGGAUACGCAUCAAGGCCAGCAGAGCACUUAGAGACGGCUCUCUACAGGUCGGCAAUGAGGCAGCGGUAACAGGGUCAUCGCCUUUGGCAGCAACACAGCUGGACACGGACGGAGCACUGUGGUUGGGUGGUCUGGAGGAGCUGGCGGUGACCCGUCGGUUGCCCAAGGCCUACAGCACCAGCUUUGUUGGCUGCAUCAAGGACGUGGUGGUGGACGGCGUGGAGCUCCACCUGGUGGAAGACGCCUUAAACAGCCCCAAAAUAUUACACUGCUCCGCCGCCAAAUAAACCAGAAGAGACAGAAUACUGAGAGAAAUGGAAAAGAAACAAACCCUCCCGCUCGCUCCCUCCAUAGCGCCCAUGUUUCCUGCUGUAAUUAUUUUCUAUUUUUGUAUACUUUUCAUCGCUUUUCAUAUGGAAAGAAAAUGAAUAUGUUUGUUUUGAUUUUUGUUCGAUAUAUUUUGUUAUUUUCUUUUUUUUUCUGCACCUCCAUAAACAGAACACACUUUCUUUAUUCUUAACUGCCCCGGCCCUUCAUCUUUCUCAAAAACGCAUGCAUCUCUAUGAAAAAGAGAUAUUUUAUUCUUGUCAGUUUUGUUGUUUUAAAACUUCAAAAAAAAAGAAAAGAAAAGAAGAAGAGUCGCCUGCUCCUUUUCCUCGCUCAUUACUUGAACACUGGUGGACCUCGCCGAAGAUCUCUGGUUACUGCCUUGUCUUGGUGCCAUAUAUAUAUAUAUAUAUAUAUAUAU